AUGCCGCCCAAGGGAACUCCGGCGAAGGAGAGGAAGGAGAAGCUGGCUAACUUCAAGUCGUACGAGGCGCAGUCGCGUCUGCUUUCCGCGUUGGUUGCCACUUUGGGCAACCAUCGCUUCGACUACCAGACGAUUGUCCAGUUCCACGGCGGAGGGGCCACGGCCUCCUCCAUGGAGCACAAGUUUCGGAUUGUCAGGGCCCAGGCCAAAUUCAUCAAGCGCCUGACGGAGGCGGGAAGGGACCCCGGGGACUACGAUGUCCCAUCCUUGAAGCAGGACGCCGGUAAGACUAGUCGCCUCUCCCAGCCAACCGCCGCCGUCGUUUCCGCUGCCACCGCCAUCCAGCAGUACUUUGGGGAGAGCACGCCCGACGGGCUGGCUUUCCAGUUCCGCGGCAUCAAAAAGGGCGGCGACGUCCUCAAAGCGGCUGCCCAAAAGGGCGAGGACCCCGUCGGCGCCUUUGGCGCCCAUGUGAAGGGCGGUGCUCGCGCGGCGAGCAGUGUUCCGGCCACGCCGAGCUCGACGAAACGAGCUCGGUCCACCAAGGCCACCGCGUCCGGCUCGGGCGCCACCCCCACCAGCAAGCGCCGCAAGGCCAUCAAGAUCGAGCCCGAGGCCGAGUUCGACGACGACGACGAUUCGCCCGAGGCCGACUACUCGGAGCUUGACACUACGCCCACCAAGAUCAAGCCCAAGGAUCAAGGCAACGCUGGUCAGUUGGUUCCUCGCUCCGCCUGGGCCAAGCCCGCCGAGAACCCCAAGCAGCCCCGCCAGGUCGCCAUCGCGCCGGCUCCUCCUCGUCGUGUGACGCCGCGUCCUGCGGCCCCCUCGUACACUCUGGCGCCCAUCCCGGGCAUCGGUUCGUCGUCUGACCUACCCAACGGGUACACCGAUCCCGCCACCGGUUUUGGUUACAAUAUUAUCCCUCCUACCACCAUCGCCAGCGCUUCCCCGUCUGUUGCCAGCUCCCCAGCCAUGGGCAUGGCCACCGCCCGCCGUGGUUCCGCGUAUUCGAGCGGCAGUUACACCGCCGCUAGCAGCCCGGGCACUCCGAAUAUGACCUACUCGGACACGGCUCCUGCUCCGACCACGAACAUGGGCCGCCAGUAUCCCUCCGCUCACACCACCACCGCCAUGGCCGACAUCAACAUGGUAGCGCACAACCCCGUGUCCACCACCAACACGUCAUCCUUCAACAUCAACAGGUUCAGCUCCAUGCCUUCUCCUACCCCGUCCACCCAGGACUUGAACACCCCUCAGGCGACCGCCUCUACCAACACGAUGGCUGCUAGCACCUCGGGCGUGCAUGCGACCGCAACCUCGUUCGAGCAGGAUGACGACUUUACUCCCGCGUUCACCGGCCAUGCUGCUUCGACCGGUUACGCCACCACCGGCGGCAACAAUCGGGCGUACAGCAGCUUCGACCAGCGUGAGGCCGAGCUUGCUAACCAGAUGGACUUUGGCGGGUUUGAGGAGCAGGAUGAGGAAGGCGAUGGGUGGGAUGCCGGUGAUAUUUAG